AUGGCUUAUACUUUUGACUUAAUUAUUGUUCUUCCUUGUAGGAGUGAAAGAAAGCUCAUUGAAAAGAUUGUUGAAUGGGUGUGGAGGAAAGUGCAUCGCACAUUCAAAUUGUCAGAUUCCACAGAGUUAGUGGGAAUUAAGUUUACACGUGAGCAAAGGGAUUUGCUUUUAGAUCCUACAGAUGAUGUUCGUUUUAUGGAUAUGGGUGGAAUGGGCAAGACAACCAUAGGCAAAACAACCAUUGCAAAGCGAGUUCAUGACAGAAUAUGUAUUCAUUUUGAAGUUAGUUGCUUUCUUGCUAAUGUUAGAGAGGCUUCUGAAGGUAAUCGUCUUGUUGAUCUGCAAAGACAGCUUCUUUUCAUUAAGAAUUGCUUAUGUAAUAAAAAGAUUCUUCUCAUUCUUGAUGAUGUGAAUGAAUCAAGCCAACUAGAGAAAUUUGCUAAGGAAAAGGAUUGGUUUGGUAAGGGGAAGAUAAUCAUGAUUACAACUAGAGAUGAACGAUUGGUAAAAAAGCAUGAUAUGAGGAUAUCAUAUAAGGUAAAGGGAUUAGGUGAUGAUGUUCGCUUUGUAGGGAUAUGGGGAAUGGGCGGCUUUGAUAGGACAACCAAUUUCAUUUUCCCAUUCUCUUACUCUGUAUUUGAUCUUUACACUCUUGCACUACAUACAAUCCGGAAGAAACAAGCAGAUCUGUUCUUUCCUCCAGAUUUUGCUGAUGAUUUCCCAGUUGCCAUGCAGAUGUCUCACAAGUACAGCUUGAUUUAUGUAAUUACAAAGCUUGGGCUACUGUUUGUGUAUGAUUUAGAGACGGCUAGUGCAGUUUACAGAAAUAGAAUUAGUCCGGAUCCAAUCUUCUCGGAUCCAAUCUUCUUGACAACAGAGGCUUCAUCAGUUGGAGGGUUUUACGCGGUUAAUAGGCGGGGCCAGGUGUUGUUGGCUACAAUUAAUGAACAAACUAUUGUGCCUUUUGUCAGUGGUCAGUUAAACAAUUUGGAGCUUGCUGUCAAUAUGGCUUAUACUUGUGACUUAAUCAUUGUUCUUCCUUGUAGGAGUGAAAGAAAGCUCAUUGAAAAGAUUGUUGAAUGGGUGUGGAGGAAAGUGCAUCGCACAUUCAAAUUGUUAGAUUCCACAGAGUUAGUGGGAAUUAAGUUUACACGUGAGCAAAUGUGUAAUGACCCGGUCCUAAAUAAAUUGGUGAAUAUUAAUUUAUUCAGAUAA